ACCUGGUCAGGAAACAAUGUCUCUGAAUCCCCCAAGAUCUUCAUCCUUGCUCGAUGUCGAACCACCAUGGUUGUUGUACGCUGGGUCUCUUUGCUGUUUGGCUAAUUCCUCAUAUUAUCAAUGCCAUUAUUGCUAUUUAGCCCCACCUCGUCGCACAUAAAUGCUGUUACUGCACCAACUGGGAUGAUACCAUCUGACGAUCCUUUUCUCGCGAGAAGUCAUCGUAAUUUUCAGGGCGACCCACUUAUUUAUUAUGGCGCAUUGCGGCACGAUGAUGAUGGCUUGCAAGUGGUUUCCCCUGGCAACAUGGCGUCAACAACCACUGUUUCUCAGACUACCGACGGUGCCUGGUCGACCAGUGCCUCUACAACUCUACCUCCGGAACUCGAGACAUGUGCUCACAAUUCAUGUCAACCAAUUCAUUCGCCGCUUUCGCACGUGGCAGCUAGCAACCCUCUCAUGUGGCCUGUGCAUGGACCAGUCCAUACUGGGACCGUCCAUUCAUUAGAAGUCUUGCAUGAAGACUGCAGGACUGCAAUGUUGCAAGGAAAUCCACAGUUCCCGGCCCAAGUACCACCCAACAUCUCGUGGUAUCCUCAAGUAAACGCUGUAGGCAGCUCCGCGACCGCUGUAUUUCAAUCUCCUUCCCUUCGAUCGAGACCAAUGCCAUGGGCCCUUCCACAUGAAAACACACCCCAAUAUUCGGUCUCUCGGCAUGAUGAAACCGCUAUAAUAGGUCCACAGACGGCUGGUACGGGGUCAGCUGGCCAUGAACCUGCUUCCCAAUCACCGCGUCGGAGACGCAGAGCCUCGUGGUCGAGUUAUGCCGACCGGCCUGCAAAAGCUCUGCGCUGCAGCGGGAUUGUCCUUGAUGAAGAAGACAUCAAGGAGACUAGGAGUAUUAAUGGCGGGCUUGUCGUCACUUAUCCUUGUCGCUGGACGCACAACGGGCAGGAAUGUGGUAUGCAUGUUAUGGGCGAUCGUAUACGAUUGGCAAGGCAUAUGCAGAGGUGGCACAGGGCUCACGCGGCACAUAGUCAGGGGCAGGCCCCUUGCCGUUGGGGUGGCUGUGGAAAGGUAAUGAAGAGAGAGAACGUCAUCCGACAUGUCAUCGUUACUCAUCUCAAGAUGAAAUGGCGCUGCUCGGUAUGUCGCACCAGGCUAUCUCGCGAUGACGCCUCUGUGAGGCAUUUCGAACAUGUGAAAUCCUGCAGGCAUGGUGUUGCGACGGUUGAAAGAGGCCCAGAAGCGCAGGAGGUGAACGUUUGUCAAGGGGUCGAAUUCUGAUCAAACCUCACAACAAUUGCUUUAAUGCGGACAUAUCUCGAGCGAACGAUAAAUUGUAAUUCUAUGCCACACGGACAGCGUGGGCGAAUAUUUAUGAUUCGAUACGUGUGUUGUGGUCGUGGGUCCACCGGUCACCAGCCAUGCUUGAACCCGACUCUUCCUCUAAUAGAUAGAUGAGAAGGUUGUAUUUCUAUAGUGCUAUA